AUGCCCAAACCGAAACCAACAACGACAAUCGAGCGAACACCAUGUUUACUCCUCCAGUGCCCGAGUGAGAUCAUCAUCGAGGUUGCCAGCUACUUGGAGCUUAGUCAUUUAUACGCGUUCGUCCAGACAUCCCGCGCCUUGUACGCUACUCUACGCAUUCCAUUCUACAAUCGCGCAUGUACUACCUCGAUAAGAAGUUACAAUCGUUCUUCCGCCAGUGUUCUGGAAUGGGCUUCAGGAAAAGGCUACGUGGCUGUGAUUUGGGAGAUUCGAACUCAAGAAUCACCUGGAGAUUGGAGAAAGUCCCCUCCUCAAGCAAAAAACAUAGCUCUAUGUCUGGCUGCAGCCAACGGUCACCUGGCAUGUAUCGAGCCAUUGUUGGCCAUGGGUGCAUAUGCGGGAAUGACAUGUCAGUUUUCUCAAUCUGAAUGGUCUAAAUGGCCUGAAUACUAUACGCCAAUACAGUACGCGGCAGAAAAUGGUCACCCAGCCAUGGUGGAGCUCCUCCUCACGAAAGGCGCUGUACCGGGGACCCUGAUGGGUAUGAAAGCCCUGGAAAACUCGAUACUAAAUAACCUUAAAGCAUGCACAUAUUUUCUCCUUGAUCACGGCGUAAGCACGCGUGUCGAAGCACCCGUGGUAGCAAAAACCUACCUGAUUGAAAAAGCAAGCGAAGGCUGCCAAGGCAUGGUGCGGACGCUUGUUGAAAACGGAGUGAACAUAUUCACCAACAACUCGGAUGAUCAUGCUGCCGUGCAGUAUGCGAUAGGGCAUGGUAGGGUGAAGUGCUUGCGAAACCUUCUUGAGGGCCAGGCGAUUUUCGGAUCCGAAAUCGUAUUGCACACAGCAGUCAUGCAAAUGAAUGAGAUCGCGACUUGA